GGAGUUGCCAUGGGAUACGCCAGAAGAGUCUUCCUCCCUUGUUUGGAAAGCAUGUGUCUCGUGAGCAGGGUGUAGCCAAGAUUGUCUUUAUCUUCUGUUGUUGAUCACAGAACUUGCUCAAGGUGGUGGAUGUAUGUGUGCACCGAAUCAUCUUGGUGAAUAUCUCGCGAUUGAUGUCACAAGCCAGCAGGGAAUUGGGUGGAAAUCAACAAUCAACAAUCAAGCUCAAACCCCCAGGACGGCAUAACCCUUGGGUGAUGACUGAUUUAGAAACACAUCCGUUGACAUGGAUCUAAGCACGGGUGAACAUUGGAAGUAUAUGGAUGCAGGAAGAUCUGGACUUCAGACUACUGAUUUUUAACAAGACGUUCAUGAACACUGAACACAACGCUGAACUUCAAUAUUAGGUUCCUUGACCGUCAUUGUGACUUGGGUCAGCCAGGAUUUUAAGGGAACACAUUGAAGCUUCCAUUUAAGGACAUGUCAUACUACAAUGGAGCAGAAAAAACAGUCUAAGCUUCUCUCGCAAUCAUGACGGCAUGUAGCCCAUAGUGGGAUAGUAGUUUAUGUACCCCCUCUCGCAGUUAGGACAGAUCCAGAAGAAGGCCCUACCCAAGGGGUAGUCCCAGCCAGAGCAGCCCUUCCCUGGGCCAGUGCGCCCAGCUCUUCCCCUUGGCGGAGAUGCUCCAGACCAACAACUACUCGCUGGUGCUACUGAUCCAGCUGGUUUUGCUGACGUUUGAUCUCUUCGUGAACUCCUUCAGCGAGCUGCUGAGGUCUGCAGCGGUGGUGCAGCUGGUGCUCUUCGUUAUCCAGGACAUCGGCAUCCUGUUUAACGUGAUCAUCAUCCUGCUGAUGAUGUUCAACACGUACGUGUUCCAGGUGGGGCUGGUGUCCCUGCUGCUGGCCCGCUUCAGGGCCCUGCUCAUGCUCUCCGCCCUCUACCUCACACUCAGCAUCUGCCUGCACUGCUGGCUCAUGAAUCUGCGGUGGAUGAAAUCUAACCGCUUCGUUUGGACAGAUGGCCUCCAAGUCCUCUUUGUCUUCCAGCGAAUCGGUGCAGUGUUGUAUUACUACUUCUACAAGCGCACUACAGAGUACCUGGGAGACCCGCGGCUCUAUGAAGAUUCCCCAUGGCUGCGUGAUGCUUUCGCACGUGCCCGUCAGUGAACCGCAGCGCAACAUAGAGAGUGUGUGUGUGAGAGAGAGAGAGACUUUGCAGUUUUACAGAUCCACAAUGAAUGGAGAAGAGAAACUGGGAUACUGCAGCGCAUGAGCCAAGAUGGGAAGGAGAGAGACUGCAAUGUUUCUGUGACAUAGAAACAAAAUGGCGGGUAUACACAUCAGGAGGACAUUGUGGUGUUACAGAGCCAGGAUGGAGAACAUUUUGGAGGCAUUGAUGGAAUCACAGCUGUCUGAAGGACACUACACGUCACAGAAAGUGACCCAGAAAGGGAUCAGCACAGUGUUUAUUCCAGCGCAGUGUGAAAGCCUAUGUAUCCCAAAGACACUGAGAGAUGAAAUCAGGAAAGUGUUUGGGCUGAACACAGAUUUUUCUGGAUGGUUUUGUGUUCAACUGUAAUGAUUCUGAUAUUGUAGUUGGCCAAUUUGUUUUUUUUUUUUAAAUGUAGCUGAUCACCUAGCAGAAAAAUUAAGUAUUUUUUUAAGUCAAUGUUUUUUUCAUAAAAUAACAAAGCCAUUUAAACCUUUUUUUAAGUAAGUAAUCAAACCUGAUCACAAACCUGAUCACUCAAGUCUAAUGGGCCAGGUCACGUUAAGCAUUUUGUGCCACUUUUUAAAACUAUCAACAACUGAUCUGCUUUUUUAUCCCUUUGAAAACCAAGUUCCUAAACACUGUAAGUAUGACUGUCAUUUUAACAUAUAACUCAAAAAAACUCUGGAUAACUUCAGCCUCUGGCUAAGAUGAACCCAAAGUGCCUCAGCUUCAGUUUGCCUGUCACUGCGGCUGGAAAGUGACCCGCUUUGAAAUUUGCACAGGAGAUCAGAUAAUGACACAAGCCAACCUCUGCUAAUGUUUUCAGACCCAUGCAAGACUGCAUGGUACUAGUUGGCAUAGAGCUGGCCAUGUGUCAGACCUGCUCAAGUGUGUGUAGUAGACACAAGGCUUAAAGGGGGGUGGGGGGUGGAUGCACACACCUUAUAGCCUAAAACCUUGGAGCUGGAUUGUCAUGUUUCUAUUUUCAUACUCAGACAGGACCAGACAUGCCCCAAAUAAAAGUUACCAUUUGCA